GGAGGAGGAGGGGGGAAAGUAAGGAGGGAGAGGAGAGACCCCCUUCUCCUGUGAAGUGAAUCUGACUGGAAGACGGUCCUUUUGAUGGGUGCGCAGCUAAUCCCCAUUUUAGGGAGACUAGCGACACAUAUUCAGGACUAUAAGGAAAAGCCUUCCCACAUGAGAGACAGUGAAGUACAGGGCGGCAUUCUAGACUCACAAUGCCAACUUCAGGGAGUCUAAAGAAGAUCCGACUGGAGGCAUAGAAUGCACAGAGUCACCUCACAGAGUGGAGCUGCGGCAGUGUGUCCUGGAGAGCUGUCCUGAGAUCCUGCAGGGACUGUGCCCAAUGCUGAGGACCCUACACAUCCUCUUAGGUCCCUGAAGGAGCUGGGCACCAUGCCAGAUAACACACCAUUGUCCCUAUUUCAGGAGGUUUCUGCAGAACAUCUCCAGGGACCAUUAUCCAGUGUCCUGGGCAGAGUGCAGAAGUGCAGACAGGGAGUGAGCGCCCUUGAGGAGAGCUUAGAGACUGACCUACAGGUUCUGGGCAGGAUCCGGAAGAGUGUUAGAUCAAUCUAUUCUUCAGGUCUCUCUUUUGUGGAAGCUCAGGAGAGCUUUGUGGAUGCUCUGCAGUGUUUGGGUUCCAACCAGCUCUCAUCCAACAACCAUGAACUAACCACUGGCUUCCUGAACUUGUCUGUCCUUUCAAGAGAGCUGGGUGCACUCUUCAGUAACAUGAUACACAACCUGAACAGCAUCCUUUCUUUUCCUGUGGACUCAUUACUACGCGGAGAUAUAAAAGAUGGACGGAUGGAACUGAGGAAACAGGCAGACAGGAGCUGGAAGGAAUGCGAGAUAAGAAUGACAAAAAAAGCUCGCUCAGGAGCUUCCCGAACAGAGUCUGACACUACAGAGGAUGCUGACAGAGAGAAAAAACUGUUUCAGAUUCACUUAUGUGAGUACCUACUCAAAUUAGGGGAGCUGCAAGUUAAACAAGGCCCUGACUUCCUGGAGUGUCUGAUCAAAGCCUUCCAUGCCCAACACAAUUUUUUCCAGGAUGGAUUAACUGCUACGCAAAGUCUCCUUCCUUUCAUUGAGAAGUUGUCCUCAUCCCUGCAUACUAUUCAUCAGACUCAGGAUGACGACCUUAAACAAAUUUCAGAUGUCCGAGAUAAUCUGCAAAAACAGUUACAAAUAGAAAAUAAAGAGGAUUCACUAACCAGGAAGGAUUGUGGAUAUAGUUUACACCAACAUCAGGGGGAUAAGCAGCAUGGAACAGAGAAAUCUGGAUUUCUGUAUAAAAAGAGUGAAGGUAUCCGUAAAGUAUGGCAGAAAAGAAAAUGUGGAGUAAAAUAUGGUUAUCUGACAAUAUCUCACAGUACGAUUAAUCGACCUCCAGCUAAAAUUAAGUUGCUGACAUGUCAGGUGCGGCCAAAUGUGGAAGACAAAAGAAGCUUCUACUUAAUCACACAUAACAGAACUUAUCAUUUUCAGGCUGAGGAUGAGGCUGAGGCAUUUGUAUGGAUAUCAGUGCUUCAGAACAGCAAAGAUGAGUCCCUGAAUGCAGCCUUCAGUGGAUCAAAUGACAACUCCAACCAACUGGCAAAGCAGAUUAUUAAUGAGAUUAGGUCCAUACCGGGAAACCAAGUGUGCUGUGACUGUGGAGCUCCUGAGCCCUCCUGGGUAUCCACAAAUUUAGGAAUCCUUAUCUGCAUUGAGUGUUCUGGGAUUCAUCGUGACUUAGGAGUGCGCUACUCCCGAGUCCAGUCUUUAACUCUUGACUUACUUAGCACUUCUGAACUCUUAAUUGCAGUUUCAACUGGAAAUACCAAAUUCAAUGACAUUUUUGAAGUCAUUCUUCCAACACCUAGUCCUAAACCCAAACCCUGCAGUGACAUGGCUUCCAGGAAAGAUUACAUAACUGCAAAAUAUGUUGAACACAACUUUGUGGACAAGGAAAGAGGCAAUGCUCUGCAUGGAAUCAGAGAAGCUAUUCAACGGCAUGACUUGAUGGCCUUACUUCAAAGCAUGGCGAGUGGGACAGAUCUGAGUAAACCUCUUCAUCCUGUGGACAAUCAGGAUUAUUUGGAGUAUCCUCUUCACUUUGCUGUCUAUAUGAGUGAGAGAAAUUCCCUUCCAAUAGUAGACUUCCUCAUCCAAAAUGGGGGAGCUCUGGAUAAAGUUACAGCAGAUGGACAAACAGCUCUGCAUUAUGCGGUCAAAUAUAAUAAACCAGAUUGCAUCAGGCUUCUCCUGAGAGCAAAGGCAUCUGUGAAUACUGUCAACCAUGCAGGAUUAACUCCUUUGAUGUUGGCUCAGAGUUUCAAACACUUAGAAUGUGAAGAGCUGCUGGAAAGAGCAGGAGAUGGAAGCUUGAAUAUUGACUUGGAUUUCGACUGGUUUCACAUAGAAGAGGAAGUAAGCUAUAGCGAUGAGGAAGAUGGAGAAAAGCUGAGCCCAUUGGGUCAGAAUCCCAUGUUGCCUUCAACAGUCAGAUCCUACCAGAGACAAACUUCUAUGGGAUUGGAUAUUAGCAAUAGAACUUAUGAGACGUUUCUUAUUCCCUCCAAAGUACCACCCCCUCAUAGAUCCCGAAGUGAGGAGAUGCCACCACCACUACCUGCUAAAACACUUAACCGCAAAGGUCAAGAGUUUUCUUUUCACACAAGUGUCACUUCGGACCGUCCUCUGAGCAUAUCCUCCUGCCCUCCUUCUGGAGAAGAUUGGGAGAGAGUUUCAGAAGUUGGUUUGCAGCGUCGGUCAUCUGAGCCUCCUCGAUACACAGCUGAUCAUUCUCACAGCCAUCCACACAAUAGUUUAAGCAUGGAUGGGGUAAAGUCUUACAGAAGAGUGAAAUGUUCUCAGAAUUUGGAAAAUUCCAUACAAGCAAGACCACCAUUACUAUAGACAUCAUCUUCUCCUAGUACCAUGGAUAUUUCAUAGUUGCAGUUCUGCAAGAUAACAUUCAUCACUAUGAAGAUAUCAGCUUCUUACAGCUUCAUCCCUCUGAAUUCUUCCCCACAGAAAACUGUGCUCCAGAGGUGAAUGCGAUACAUAUUCCAGGGGAAAAGAUUGUUAUGAUCCUUUAUUUAUAUGCUGCAGAAACAUUACUUGGACAUUGGAAAAGAGAAUCUCUGGUAAUAAGCAGAUUGCAAUUUAAGACACCCAAAUGGAUAAAAACUUGAGUAUAUGUACUUCUAAUCCGUACAGUACAGACUGGGAACCUGACUGGAGAGAGCAUGCUGGCUAGUUUCAUUAUUUGUUUUUACAUUUUCACUUGCUCCUGUCUCAGCAAAGGACUUGGGGUAAAAUAUGUUUAUACUUUAUGGAUACAGUCUGCCCUUUAUUGAUGUCAGCAUCCUUAAUAUAUUGGUGAUGGACUAGAUGAAUUGUGAUGGAGCUGUUCUCCAGCCAUUUCUUAUUGGAUUUAACAUUGCCUUGUGAAUCUACAGCACUAGAAGUAGUGUGGCACUUCAUAUUUAAAGGGACACUAACCAGAAAAAAUUAGUUUUGUUAAAUUGUAUCUAUGUUUGCCUAAUGUGUUCUGUUUAUAGCUUCCCAUUAUGGACACUGCUGCAGGUCUGUCAGUUAUAUCAUGCCAACAGAUCUGAUCAAUGUGUGAAACAUGUUUAUUAAAAUGUUGCAAGGCUUAUGAUUUAUAUUUUACAUACUAUAAAGAAACCUUAAACUGACAUGUCAUACAUGUUGUCCACAUGUUCCACUUUUGUAAGAAAGCAUGUGUUUUUUAGACAAAUCAGUGUUGAUACCAUGUAGCCUUAGGCUGGGUUUACAUUAACAUAAGACAGAUGCAUUUUUGCGUCCAUAUUACAGCUGCAAGUCCUCCUUUCCGGGCUGUAAGUCUGAUGAACCUGAUCCCAGGCUUAACUUAUGUUUUAAAUUGUAACUACAGCUACAUGCAUGUUCUCAUUGGUUGUCAUAAGUUAUAUGUUGUCUGAACACAGAUUAGGCAUCUGAGCUUAAUAGUUUGGCAGAAUAAUGAAACUGAAAAGGUAGAAUUUAGAAUUAUAAAAUGUUUCCUAAAGCUAAAUUGACACGCAUAAAAAAUACACGCUUGAAAAAAACACCUGUUUUUUUGGUGUGUUUUUUUAACGCAGUAUGACCAUUGUAAAGGAUUGGAUUGCAGCGUAAGGCUCCUUUUACACUAUAUG